GGUACUGCCUGGCUGGGCUGCCCGUGGGCUACCAGUUCAAGAACAUCACCAACGCCGACGUCAACAACCUGCUCCUGGAGGAUCUCAUCAUCUGGACCAACUAUGAGAUCGAGGUGGCCGCCUACAACAGCGCUGGCCUGGGGGUCUACAGCAUGAAGGUGACCGAGUGGACGCUGCAGGGAGUCCCCACGGUGCCCCCGGGGAACGUGCAGACCGAGGCCACCAACUCCACCACCAUCCGCUUCACCUGGAACCCCCCCAGCCCCCAGUUCAUCAACGGCAUCAACCAGGGGUACAAGGUGAGGGGAAUUCCUCUGGGUCUCCCCAAAAACGAGGCAGAUGGGGUGGGGACACUCCUUGACCAACCUCCACAAACUGACUCGACUCCUCCUUGAGAAAACCCCAGAAUUUAAUUGGUUCCAACCUGACUGUUAAUAUUUACUGAGAUUUAACACUUGCAUGGGCUUGGAGUCUCCCGUGCUCUGUAAUUAAUUCCAAGUUGCAAUUAAUUCAAAUUUACAUUAAUUAAAUUGAAUUAAAACAUUAAACUUGUUUCUUAAUCCA